AUGGCCACCGGCUCCGGAGCUCCUCGACCGCCGUUCUCCCCCGAGCAACUGGCGUGGAUUGAGGCCACAUACGUCGGGACACCACCGGACCCCCCUGUCCUCCGGAUAGAGCCCCCACCUCCGGUCACUCUACCCCCAGGGUCACACCUUCAGCCUGCUUGGGCCCAGCCCUUCAGCAGGCCCACCCGGUCCCCCGCCGGGGACCACCUACCCACAGCCCCGCUCGGGCCCAACCCACUCCCCGCCGGGCUAGCCCCGCCCGGGCCACUCCCAGCUCACCAUCCCCGCUUGGGCCAACCCACUCACUCUUUCCCCGUUACAGGGACGGCUGCAGGGGCGCUCCCCCUCUUCACUCCUCCAACGUCUGGUCUGGACAUAUUGGCCGCGGCUGCCCUCCAUCCCCCGGCCACAGUACUACCGGGCCUCCACUCCCCAGGCCCUUACAACCCGGGAGCGACAGUGUCGACGACUGUCGCCGCAAAAAUUCUAGCCCUCAAGUUCAUUGAGAUGUCCGAGAUCAGCAGCGAAGACCUCAACCCCUCUGCCCCGACUGGGCGCCCGAGGCUGGCCAUCUCCGACAUAUCUGUCUGGGUGGAGAAGUUUGCCACGAUGGCGGCGAUCCUGGCCCAACGUUUUCCCGAGAAGGCUCCGGAACUGUUCGCCUACUUGGCCCUGAUCGUCCGGUGUGAGCGUAACUACCAAUCAGCACAGUGGGUCGCAUACGACUGUGCCUUCCGGCGUGAGGCCCUGGCCCUCCCAGACCUCAACUGGUCCAUCCCGAACCCCCGUCUUUUCCAGGAGGCCUUCACGGGAAGGGCAAGGGAUAUCCCCCGCUGCCACCUGUGCUUGAGGGACGACCACGUCGCCACCUCGUGCCCGUUGAGCCCUCAGAGUGCUCCCCCCUCCACGGGAUACCAUCCACCCCCACCCCCACCCAACCCACUUCCCUCCCAAUGGGGCCGGGCCACACAGCCCCCCCAUCGCCAAUCCCAGGAACUAUGCUACCGGUGGAAUAGAGGACUUUGCAAGGUGGCCGACAACCGAUGCCGCUACACUCACGCCUGCAGAGAGUGUAGAGGAAACCAUCGGGCCAUUCAUUGCCACCGCACCAACCCCCAGGGCGGUCGCGACAGGUCUCCUGGUCCCCGUUGGUCCCCCGGUCCACGCCCCUUUCAGGGCCCCAGUUUCCGUCGAUACUAGCCCCCGCAGGGGAGGAACUGACUUGUUGUAGGCUCCUAUCUAUCACUUGUUUCACGUCUACCUCAUGAAUAUUUUAUCACUUGUUUCAGGUUCACCUCAUUUA